CUGUGGGGCUUUAAAAGCAGGCGCGCUUAGACGCAAAGUGAGAUACUUUGGACAGGAGAAUCAUUAUUGGAAUGCGAUAAGCAGCCACUUUGUACACAUGAAGAAGUAACUAUUACAGAAGAUAUACUUAUUUAAUACGAUUAUUUAGUUCCAUUCAAGACGUGUCAAUCAUUUGCACUAUUUCAGCAGCAUCUUAAGGUCAUUCCAGCUGCUGUGCUGUGGGCAGACUGACGCAGAGAGAACCAUGAUUCUGCUGACUCCAUCCUCUGGUUUCUUCCAGCACACCAAUAAGCUCUUUCUGAGCGAGCAGGCCACUGGUGUCCAGCUCAAGGAGUUUGUACGCAAAAAUGCAGCCAAUGCUCUGUCUAUGGCCAACAUGCUUAUGGGCAUGGCCUCUAUUCUCUGCAGCCUGAACGGCCACCAACAUGCUGCCUGCUGGCUGGUCCUGAUUGGCUACCUGCUGGACUUGGCAGACGGGGCAGUUGCCAGGCGACUGGAUGCAUGCUCUGCACUAGGUGCUAAACUGGAUGAUUUUGCAGAUUUCACAACCUUUGGGAUUGCAACUUCAUUGCUCCUGAGGACACAUGCCUUAAUGGACAACAUCCUGUGCAUGUGCUAUGUCCUGUCUGUGAUUGUCCGACUCUGCUUCUUCUCCAGCGGCAUCCCCUUCAUGUACCGUGGCCUGCCAUGUAUCUACUCUUCUGCCAUCCUAGCCUGUCUCUCCCUGCUGACCGGAGGUAACAUGGUGAUCCUGCGGGUCACUGCUGUGGCCAUGAUCCUCUUCAUGGUCAACCAGGGAUUCUACCCUCACGACAGGGUCCUGGAGUCACAGGCCUGGAAGAAGGUGGUCUAUGCUGGAGGAGUUGUCAUGGUGUUCUGUUCCUCUUUCCCUCCGGCAUGUGUGUACUACCUGUUGUGGUCUGUGUCCUACAUUUUGUUCCCAACAACACUAUGGAGCUGCAAAGUGUAGUAGGCAUUAAAGGCCUUGCUACAAAUUCACACUCGCACAUGGCUUGUCAACAGGCUGUCCAGUGGGGUUAACUAAAGCGCCCAGACUGCUGCUGCCUACAGCGGAUCGAAACAGGACGUAAGAGGACGUUGUAAUGUUUUUGUAAGAUUGAACUGCCUUCAUCAUGAACACUUGAUGGAUAAUGUACUGUACCUUAGCCAUUUUGUUUUUGAAUAAGAUAGGGUUUGGGUAUCUGUAGCUAUUAUGUUUGUACAAUACAACUGCAGAGUCGUACUGUACUGCCUAGUGUGUGUGUGUGUGUGUGUGUGUGUGUGUACUGUAUCAUCCUUAUGCACAAAUUGUGCUUGAGAUUACUACAACAAUAAUACAAAAUUAUUUUCAGUCAUUAAUAAAGUCAUUGAGUAGCAGUUUUUACUGUAAAGAAUAAGAAAAUGUCAACAGUUUUUGCAGUAAAAAAAAACAUGGCCCCCCCUUUUUUUUCUGAACAUAGAUUCAAACUAGAUUCAAACAUGUGGCAUGCUCUCAAUUUGUAAGAUAUUUGUAAUACAAAAAAACUUUUCAUUAUAUUGCAGAUACAAACGAAGUCCAUUAAAUCAUGUUUUUUUAAUUAUGGAAGACACUACCAUCUCGAGAUCUUAUGUUCUACUGUACUUAAAAUAACUACCAAAGUGAUUGUACAUAAGAAUUGUGUGUGGAUAUGGGAUUGUUGAGAAAUAUUGUUUUUUUAUUUUCCCAUCAACUGCAUUCUUUAAUUGGAAUAGUAUUUUUUUCUUCUUUAAAAUGUUCUAGCCAUUUUCAGACAAGAUUAGUUUGCUUUUAUUGCAAGCAAAAUGUAACCGUGCUUUAAUUUAAGAGUGUUUACGUUCCCACCAGAUAUACAGUGCCCUCUGUAAUUAUUGGGACAAUUGAGCAUUUUUUUUCUUCUUUUGGCUCUAUACUUGGUUUGGAUUUGAACUCAAACAAUGACUAUGAGGUUAAAGUGCAGACUGUCAGCUUUAAUGUGAAGGUAUUUCAUCCAUACUGGGUGAAAUGUUUAGAAAUUACAUCACUUUUUCAACAACAAAAACUAAAAAUUCCCGUGUGUAGUAAAACAUUACAUUUUUGGUCCCAUAUUUGUAGCACGCAAUAAUUACAUCAAGCUUUUGACUCUAAAAAAUGUUGGAUGCAUUUGCUGUUUUGUUUUGGUUGUUUCAUAUGGUUUUGUGCCCAAUAGAAAUGAAUGGUACAUGAUGUAUUGUGUCAUUGGAGUCACUUUUCCUGUGAAUAGAAAUGUUUCUAAGCACUUGGUAGAACACAUUGUAGCGCAGAUAAGCCUGAAUGAGUCGUGAAUAAAAAUGAUAACCGCCCCUGUUAUUGUAAUGGUGAAAGGUUAGCAUGUCUUGUGGGGUCUGAUACUUUUUCACUCAUUAUUCAUGGUUCAUUUGGGAUUAUCUGUAAUCGUGGUAGCAUCCACAUUGAUAUAGAAGUGUUUAGAAACAUAUUAUUUUCAAUAAAAGUCAAACAAAUUACACAAUACAUUAUUUACCAUUAAUUUCUAUUGGGCAGAAAAUAAUCUGAACACAACUAAAACAAAGAGCAAAUGCAUCCAACAAAGUUGUAGAGUCACAAGCUUGACGUAGUCAUUGUGUGCUAUGAAUAUGGGACCAAAUAGUACUUUUUACUACUUUAAUACACAAGUGAAUUUGUCCCUCCCAUUUUAGGGGAGCAAUGUACAAAAAGUCCUGUCAUUUCUAAACGGUGAACCUGCUAUGGAUUAAAUACCCUCAAGUUAAAGCUGAGGGUCUGCACUUUAACCUCAGUCAUUAUUUGAGUUCAAAUCCAAACUUUGAGUAUAGAGUCAAUAGAAGAAAAUGCUUCACUGUUCCAAUAAUUACAGAAGGCACUGUAUAUUAAAAUGAUCAUAGGCUAGCUAUGGUGAACACAAUAAUGGGCAUUCAUAUAAAAUGACUGGGUUCUCGGUUCUCUUAUUAAAUGCCCACACCAGUAGAAA